GGCCUUUUGACAGCUGUUUUGUUUUUGUUGCCCGGAGGCAGUGGCAGGAAAUUAUUAGAAUUUAACCAAUUUAGCCACAAAACGAUGGCCCAAGUUCCCUUGGCAAUUGCCUCGCACAAGCGCCAGGUGUGCAGCCUGUACAAGCGGGCGCUGCGCAACCUGGAGGCCUGGUACGACCGACGAAAUGACUACCGCUACCGCGCCGUGCAGCUGCGUGCCCGAUUCGACGAGAACCGCAGCAAGGAUCUGGGCGAGGGCAUCCAAAUCCUGGCCUGCGGACAGAAGGAGCUCUUCGAGACGAAGCAUUUCCAGCCCCGGAACUUUGCCAACAGUGCCGGUGGCUGCGCCUUCGAACGAGAGGUGAUCCCGCCCGACUGGCUGCUGGACUACUGGCAUCCCCUGGAGAAGGCCCAGUUCCCCGAGUAUUUUGCCAAGCGGGAGCAGCGCAAGAAGGAGUACGUGACCUGGUGGGAGAAGCAGUACGGCAAGCCGGAUCCCCAGGACCUGGGACACCACUAAUCUUAGAGUACCGUAGUCAAAACACACAUCCAAUCUUUGUCUUUAAAAGUAAAUUCUAUUGGAGCUGA